AUGGCUAGUGGAUCGCUGGCAUAUCGACCACACCAGGAUCUGGACACAGACCUGACGAAAUUUGGCUUCCUAGUCUAUGCUGGAACCGUUCGUGACUUUCACGAAUGGGAGUUCCGAGCUAUGACAAGGUGGAAGCAGACCAAGGUUGAGGAGAGAUCCGACCUUGCGUCCAAGUUCCUCGACUCCUUAAGGAGCGAGGCAUACAUCGUCGCAGAGGAUUUGGGUACUGACGUUUUGUUCUUGAGUCAAAACAUCCCCAAGGUGAUCGAGGCGGUUAGAGAACGCCUGUUCCCUCUGGCGGAACAAGAGACGAAGGAACUUUAUCGGUUAGGAACCCAAGUCGGCGGCAUGUUGUCACGACAGCCGGGAGAGCCGAUGAUCUCCUACAUCGACCGCCGCAAGCGGUGGCUACGCAAGCUUCAGCAAUUAGACAAGGCCCUUCACAUAAGUGAAGCGGUGCUGACGGAUCUAUUGCUGGAUAACAGCGGGCUCACCCGGCAAGAACGACUCAUGGUGCUGACCUCGAUGUCAGGCAGCACAGCGACGAAGGAUGCUGAGGCAUCGCUGAUCCGCAUGCAUAAUCGUAUCCAUACGUUGGAACGAAAGCAGCCCUCCGCCAGGGGCGGAACUGGCAAAGGGAAAGGUUUUCCCAGGAAGGGAGACCGAGGAAAAGGUAAAGGAUACGGUAAGAGAUCCCAGAAAGGGACUGCUUACACGUACCUUUCGGCCGUGGAAGACCUCUUCGAGUACCCCGACGCCGACGAGGACGAAGACGGAACAGCCUACCUGGCAGGCCAAGAGGACCAGGACGGCCAAGACGGUGAAGGGCAGGACUGGGCGUAUCACGGCGAAGAACUCCCCGUGUACGACAGAGAAGAAGACACCGCGUGUGUUGCCCAGUCGGCCGACGCUUCCCUCAGGGACGUCGAGCUUGACGUCUUCACCGCCUUUAUAGGCGCUGGGUUUGACGAGGAGGACAAAGAGGCUUUGGCGUUUCUCGGGCAGACGCCGAAGGGCCACUGGGCGGGUGACAAGGAAUGCCCAGGCCCAGGGAAAGGAGCAGGAAAGCCUGCAGUGGCACACCUUGCCCAGGUUAGGCGUGUGAUGGAUAAGUCCACACAGACCUGCGACUUUAGCGCUAGCCCCAGCGAGAGCGACAGCGAGAGUCACAGCUUUGACCCAGAGCCAACAGCGAACUACGUUAGCUUGGGUCAGGACUCUGAGACGGAGCCUGCGGCGUACAUGGGUUUCUUCGACAAGACCGACUUUGAAGAGUCUGACGAAGAGCUCCUGGACGACUUUGCGUCGCAAGGCGCCCCCUCCACGGAAUGGGAUACCAUAGAGUACCCUGAUGGCAGCGACCAGGUGUUUCGGUUCCACCGGUCGGCGGUGGAAGCUACACUCAGGGCGGCUACGUUGCCGGUGGAGGCCGACUCGCUGCAGAAGGCUAGGAAGGAGGUGACCCUUGAGAAGGAGCAGAAGGGACUCGCCGAGCAGGUGCAGCAGUCCCCACUCAAGGUGCAGAACCUCACGAGGAGACAGCUGGAGGAGUACAACUUUACGAAGUUUGAGGCAGGUGAGGUGGUUAAGAAGUUCUUCAAGCACAUGGAUGCAAUGGACCAGGUUGUAGAGCAAACGAAGAGUGCACAGCCUCGUGAGCAAGCGUCGCCCGCCGCAGCAGCAGCUGGCCCGAGAGAGAGAGGCGCAGCUGUUAGAGACGCCAUGGCGGCGUCGCCUCCCAGCGGAAAGGGCUGGGGAAGCCGAGAAAAGUUCGCCGGCGUGGCGACGGUGGACAAGAAAGGUGAUCCUGGAGAGGACACCAAGCUGACGCUCACCGCUCUGGUGGGGCAGCUGCAGAAGGAUGAUCUCGAAGGAGACAUCAGCCCGAAGAGCGUGCAGAGCUCAGACAGUGAGCCUGCACCCCUGGACGAGGAGAUUGCUGAGCCCCAUCUCCAGCUCGUGGAUCCCUUAGAGGACCACGAAAACGUCUGGGUGAUGCUGGACGAGGGCUGCAACCAGACGUGCCACGGGACAAAGUGGAGGGCUCACUCCUCAAAGGUCCUGGCGAAGUUUGGGUUGCAGUUCACCAGCGUGCGCUCGAGCGGCACGAGCUUCAAGGGCAUUGGAGCGGCUCGAGCGACGGGCAAGUUCGCAAUGCCGUUCGCCCUCCGCAUCAUGCCGGAGAGCGGAGGCCUUCGCCGGAGCACCCGUCUGCAAGGAGAGCUCUCCAGCGUGGAGCUGGACUCUCCGGACGUGCUCUGCCUCCUGUCCUUGCAGGAUCAGGUUCAGCUUGGCCUGAUCAAGGACCUGAGGCGCGGCGAGUGCCGAAUCUCGGGGUACUCCGGGACACUGCAGUUGGCGAGGCACUCGAAGACCGGCCUCCUCCUCCUGUGCGUGAGCCAGUUUGGGGCGAACGUCACAGAGAGGCACAGAAAGUUUGCGGUGAAACCGGAGGUGAUCCCUAAGAGGACAUCCAAGAAGGAGAAGAGCACUUUCUCGAUCCCUUUGAGGGACGGGACCUCACGCAGGGACGAACCCUUGAUCCCUUCAAGGGACAAGGACAGCACGGCGUACAUGCUGUCCGAGAUGGUGAAGGAGACCGAAGGGCAGCGGAAGAACGUUCUGGUGGUCACGUUGGGCUUGGAAAAGCUAGAGUCCUGCCAACGUGGACGCGGCACCUACCGUGGACUCACGGAACUCUUUCGGAGUAUGCGGAAGGGGCAGUCGCACGAGUUCUCGCUGAACAACGAGACCCACGAGGACACGCUUCUGGAAAGCCUGCGCCAGAACUUUGAGUCCUUCCGGGACUACGCCACGGAGCAGAUCCUCUUCCUGGACUGCCGGCACAUGAACGACCCGGGCAAGGACAAGUCCCUCAGGGACCACUUAGGCACGUACCCCAAGAACGUGCAAGCCAUGGUUUUGGACCCGAAGACGAAUGGCAAAUGGGUGGCGUUCAUGAAGGAGGUCGUGCCGGCCGUGCACAAGCUCAUCCAGGAGAACGAGCAGUGCGUGAUUUUUAUGUUUUGCAAAUCGGGUAGGCACAGGUCUGUCUCGAAUGCAAAGAUCUUCUACGAUCUCAUAAAGGAGACGUAUGAAGUGGAAGCGAAGCUACUUCAUCUUUGCGACGGCUACAACUGGCGAUAUCUAUGCGGUGGUUGCGAGGAGUGCAACUGGGAGUCCAAGGAGGUGAUGGACUUCGCAAGGGAGCGCUGGUUCGAAUUCGUGCCCAAGGUGUGGGUGCGAAAGGAUGGCCAGCGCCGCUUAGGCGACGAUGGCGUCGUGGUGGAAGAGCCGAUCCCUUUGGGGACAGCUCAGGCAGCGGGCGCGGGAUCAAGCAGUGAACCGCCGCAGCCUGACUCGGCUGUCAAGCAAGAGGCCGCUCAAGGCGAGCAGCCCGGAGACGAGGACCACGACGAGGACGACACCGCUGGGGCAGUCGAGGCCAGUGCCAGCUCGAAGGCACAGGCGCAGCCCUUCACGGUGGACACCCCUGACGGAGUGUCGGUGCCAGUCCACGACUUGCGACCCGAGCUGGAAGGAUUAGAUGACAAGUUUCUCGAGAAGGUAAGUUUUCUUUUUCUUUCUAGGGUUUAUAGUGUCUUCAACCCAGCGAAGCUUACGGAAGUCACUACGCUCGUCGCCAAGUACGUGGACCACACCUCGCUCACCUGCGCCGUUGCCGCGAAGUACUUAGAGUACGAGGCGGCGAGGGCACUUCUGUCGUCGCUGGUGGCUGACGUCCGAUCCGGAAAGCGGACGGAGAAGGAGUGGGACACCGACCUGGAGCUGGCGAACCGAAGCCUGGACCAGGCGAUCCUCCAGCUGGACGAGGACAAGGAGAAAAGGGAAAAGGUGAGAAAGGAAAAGGAAAAGGCCGAGGAGACAAAGGACGCUGGCCGAACACCAACCCUCGAGGCCCAAGGACUCAUACGGAGUCCGAUCCCGCCAGUACUUCUCAUGCGGAGACCCGCCAUGACCUGGCCAGUUUGGGGGAAAACCCCAAUAACCCGGGCAGCCUCUCGGGGCUACUUGAGCCAAGUCAUCUCGGGACACAAGAGGCACGGCGAAGUUGCCUUUAAAACCUGGUUGCAACCAGGUGUGGGUCACGAGGGAGCCGGACCGCCGGUUCGCGUGUCCUACAGGGCACACGCUGCAAAUUCCUGGGAUAAGGUCCCGACGGAAUUGCAGCGCUAUCGCAAGCAUGUGGCGAUCCAAUGGACGUCCGAUGGGCCCUGGGAGUGGCGCGAGACCAACGUGGCCGCUCACUCAUGGGUUUACUUCGGCGACCGUUGGGACCAGCACCCGCGCAACAUGCUGGUGUUCUUGGUCCCGCCACGCGGCGGCAGUGCCUUCUACGUUGGAGGCAUGCUUCCGGAUCUCAUGGCUUCUGACCUGAAGGUCAUGAAAAAGGAGACCGGAAAGAUGUUUGAGGAUUCUUGCAAGAACCUCAACAGGCACGACGACCUGCUGAUGCAGGCCUUGGGGCUCCCGUCAGUGGCGAUCACGGGCGACCCGCCCACGAUCUUUGCCCUGGCGAGCUCGGAGUUCCAGCCCGGAUCCCUUGAGAGGACCGGCGCUAAGGUGAUCGUGCGACACCCUGGCUACCGUAUGAUCCUUCUGGAGGACAUCGGUUGGCAGAAGCAAAUCUCUAAAGAGAUUGCUAAGAUCCGUCCCGACCUCCUGCUCCUGGUGUACAGUUUGGAAGACCAGGUAGGUCUCACCCCGCAGGUACAGACCUGGCUCCAGUCCCUCUCAGCGUACACAAAAGAAGUGCUUGUUCUUGACAGCUUAGGCAGUGUUAGGUGGAACCUGUGGUUCAAGAACAGUGUCGAGGGUACUGAGAGAGAGUUUCAGUUGUUUCAGUGUAGGGGUGACCUCUGUGUAGGGACGUUUUCGCAGGCGAUAGGUGAAGUCAUGUCAAGUUGGGCGAACUGUGACCAUGAUAUUCACUACUCACCUGUUAGCAUCGACACAGUUGGAACACAUGUUGGUUUUGCCGAAACCUUGGUACUUGUGUUGCAAGAGGGCUGUGUAGAGGACCACGUUGCUGAAGCGUUUCCUGUUGAGGCAAGGCAGGAUGAGGUCGAACAAUCUGGUACUCUAGAUGCUAUAGUGGAUCCCAGAGAUAAUAGAACCACUUUCAUGGAUGAUCUGGAACUGGCCGAGGAAGCAGACAUCUUAGACACGUUGCCUUUAGCAGGGUUUCCAAAGGAAGAGUCUGAGAGGAGAAAGGCAUGGUCUAAGGUGCCGAGGCGUGUUCGCUUGGGGAUCAGGAGGUUGCACACCAUGAUGAACCACAAGCCUAAGGAAGUGCUAGUUCAGGUACUUCGUGGGGCAGGUGCUUCUGAGGAACUGGUGAAUGCAGCUAAGAUCUUCAAGUGCGAGUCUUGCAGGGUUAGUGAAGAGAAGGUUCGCACACACCCUGUGUCAGCUCCACCACCCUACGAGUUCAACCACACUGUUUCGGUGGACGUGUUGGAGACUGCAGACUCGACAGGUGCAAAGUUUAGCUGGCUGAACAUUAUAGAUGUCGGCACAAGCUACCAAGUUGUGACCUUGGUCCGCGUUGGAGGCGGACAGCCAAGCUCAGCCAAGUGCUUGCAGAAGUUCAUGCAGCACUGGGUUUCCCCUAUUGGGUGGCCCAAGGUUGUUUCCCACGACCGUGGGCUAUACAACAGAGGUGCGUUCGCGCACGGGCUGAGUAGCCAUGGGGUCCAGAUCCGCCAAGCCGGACUGGAGUCGCCCGAGCACAUAGGAAAGUGCGAAAGGCACGGAGGCAUCAUAAAGAGAGCCUUCAAGCGUUUGGUCAAGGACCACAACGUUGUGGGCAAGGAUGAUGUCAAGGUGGCGAUGCUCGAGGCGCAGGUCGCAAAGAACGAGUUCAUGCGUGUCGGAGGUUUUAGCCCCACUCAGUGGGUGCUUGGACGCCUGCCCAGAGGAGUGGGGCACGUUUUGGACGAGGAAGAGCUGGGUCAGCUCGGAGUCCUGUCUGGCAGGCUGGACGCCACGACAGCCUUCGGCCGACAGGCCGAGUUCAGGCACACUGCCAGGAAGGCCUUCGUGCACGAGGACUGCAGCCGCCGAGUCAGGAAGACUGUCCUGAGGAAAUCGGCGCCUCUUCCGGGGAAAUACCAGGCAGGAGACCUGGUAUGCUACAGGAUCUCGAGAGAUGAACACUCAGGUGUCAGUACGUGGAGCACGGUGAGUAAGAUCAUCGGCUUCGACAACAAGACUGUCUGGGUUGUUCACCAGGGUGUCCCUGUGGCAACAAGCCUGGCUCGACUCAGACCGUGUACGUCGGCUGAGGUUCUGGCGUUUCAAGUACUUAACCGGGGCAACAUACAGUACGAGCACGCGGAGGUUGAACGCGAACAACAAAGGUACAUUGAUGCCACCGGGGAUGAUCUAGUACUAGACGACCCAGAAGAGCCACCGGACGGAGGGAUUGGAAUAGGUUCUCCGAUCCAAAUGGAUGCAGAAGCAGACCCUCCAGAGAUUGCGGCCGCUGCUCCAGAACGAGCUGUUCGAAGGAGAGUUGGAGCAACACGUGAAGAGUCACGGGCCGUGACUGUGGAGGAGCCGGAGAACGAACAGGUGGACCCUCCAGGAGGGAUCCAAGAGCCGAUGGCUGAGGACACGGCGGUGGACGCCGAUGGUGAGGCCGAGGCCACGGAAGGCAGCGCAGCUUACGCCAGCCACUUCUGGACGAAACAGGAAAGAACCGUUUGGAACUCACUCCCCGGGGAGAAGGAGUACGAGGCCUUACGGGUUUUCUUCGCAGACCGCGUCGAGGACGACAAGAAGGUGACGCAGUGGCGCAAGCGUCGCAAGAACUUUACGUCCAGGAAGCAGAAGGAGAAGCACGGGAAGAUCCUAAUGUACCACAAAUGCCCUGAGGAUGUUCAGAAGGAACUGGACAAGAGCAGAGCCAAGGAAUGGGCAAAGUGGCAGGACUUCAGUGCUGCGAUCAUUCUUGAUGACGCUCAGUAUGACGAGUUGAUCCGUGAAGGACAUCAAGUCAUACCUACCCAAUGGGUAGAGCUGGACAAGAACCACAACAAGAGGUUACUUGAUCCUACCGUAGAAGCCAACUACAAGAGUAGAUUGGUUGUUCGGGGUGAUCUUGAGAAGGGUGAUCCUAGGAGUGAUAGCCCCACUGCUAGCAUAGAAGCUCAGAACUUAGUGUUUUCCUUUGCGGCUUCUAGGAAGGUCAAGAUUAAAUCCCUGGACGUGACUAACGCCUAUUUUCAAGGCGAAGAGAUAGAUAGAGUACUUCUACUAUCUCAGCCCAAGGGAGGACUCCCUGGGCUUAAGCCCCACCAGCAUAUGCUGGCGAGAGCACCCAUCUACGGCAGCACCGAUGGUGGUAGGAGGUUUUGGAAGCGGCUUAGGAAUUACCUUAAAGGUAAAGGACUUCGCGAGAACCGCAUCUACCGCGCUUUGUACAGUUACACAGACGCCGAUGGGAUUGUGCAGUUGCUCUUGACGUCUCAUGUAGACGAUCUAUUGUGGGCUUGUGAGCCGUCAUGCGAUUGGAUCAUGAACGAUCUUAUUGAGACGUUCAAAUGUGGGAAGGUCGAGACCGGGAGCUUCAGGUACUGCGGGAAGGAGAUAAGCCAAGACGAGGAUUUCAAUAUCCAUGUGACCUGCAGCGAGACAACGAGGAACGUGAACAAGAUUCACGUUGACAAGAGGAGGCACCCGGGAGAUCCCUUAACGGACUCUGACAAGACGCAGAUGAAGAGCGUCGCUGGGUCCCUUGCUUGGGUUUGCAGGCAAUGCCGACCCGACUUAAGCUAUAGGGUAUCCAAGAUCCAGUCGGCUUCUAGCAAUGGUACCGUCGCUGACAUCAGAGAUGCCAACAAAGCGGUCGAGUACGCUAUUAGCACCUACGACAGAGGACUUGUUUUCAAGUCUGGGCUGUUGGACUGGAAGACACCAGGUGCUCUUUUGAGUCUGGUGAUCACGGACGCUUCUCACGCGAAUGAGUCCGAAGAGAUGAUCAUAAAUGAAAUGACAUCUGUGGAAGGACACCGGAGCCAAGGUGCAAGGAUGGUGUUUCUUACAGACGGCGCCCUGUGGAAAGGGAACAAGGGUAGCAUUCAUCCCAUCUUGUGGGCGAGCAACCUCGUUCGGAGGGUAUGUCGCUCCACCAUACAGGCAGAGGCCUACACACUUCAGGCAGGUGUGGAGGACGGUGACGUGCUGAGAGCAGCUGUCACUGACAUCUUCGGAUGCCUCGAUAUGAAAAGGUGGGAAGCUACGUCGGCCAAGUUUGUGAAGCAGAUCUGGAUGACAGACUGUAAGAGUCUGGAGUUGACGCUUUCGAAUCCGAAAUGCAAUAAGCAUUCGGACAAGAGGUUGAGCAUCGAAAUCGCGUCUCUUAGACAGGAGCUAUGGCGCAAAGCUGGCGAGAAAGCAGGUGAUCCGUUUUACGACGACUACAAGCCAGCGGAUGAUCAGUUAACUGACAUCGUCAGAUGGAUUGACACUGACGUGAUGAUCGCUGAUCCGUUGACUAAGGUCAUGGAGCCGGUCAAGUUGGUUGAAGCUCUGAAAACCAACACACUCGACGUAGAGCAGCCGCUCGAGAGUGUCGUGAAGAAGCGCGCCAAGCAGCUUCAGAGGAGGUCGACGAAGAAGGAAGAGGACAACGAGCAAGACCGUUGA